CAUGUAACGGAUAUAUCUUGUCCUCCAGCUUCCCCGGAUUUUCUAAAACUUGACCUAUCGUUUUGGCUACCGACUCACUUUCUUCUCAUUCAUCAUUAUCAUCAUCGUCAUCAUCAGGAGCUUCCAAGAGGACACAUCCAUCCAUAUAUUACAAAACAAGGUGACCGACACUUCUCUUCGAAAUCCUCAAGAAAACCUUGAACCGCCUUCGAGUCCAGUCCAGUCCCGUCCAUCCAUAUACACCACCAAAAUGGGCUCCGUAUCAUUUCCCGCGUCCUCGGAACCUCCCAAGCCCUGGGUUGAAACCCCCCUCAUCUAUUCUGCCCAACUAUCCAACGCCGCUGGGUGUAACAUCUAUCUCAAACUCGAGAAUGUUCAGCCUUCGGGGUCUUUCAAGUCUCGCGGCAUAGGCAACAUGAUGCUCCGCUCCACCCUCCCUUCUCCCCCUUCCUCCCCGUCCUCUUCUUCUACCUCCUUCCAGGAACCUCCCACCACCCAGAGAAAAAUCCACUUCUUCUGCUCCUCCGCCGGCAACGCCGGUCUCGCCUGCGCCACCACCGCCCACACAUUGGCUUGUCCAGCAACCAUCGUCGUGCCCACCUCUGCUCAGGAGCCCGUUUUGCGUCGACUUCGCGGACUAGGUGCUACGGUGGUGAUCCAUGGUAGUUCGUGGUUUGAGGCUGAUACCCACCUUCGCGAAGUAGUCAUGCCCGCUUCGGCUCUUGAGGACUUGCAGCAGGAGAGUAGCGGUGGAGAGGGAGAGGAAGGGGAGGGGGAAAAGACACAGAAGAAGACGAAGCAAGUCUACGUUCCCCCCUUCGACCACGAAGAUAUCUGGUCUGGAGCAGCCACCUUGAUGGACGAAGUCGCUGAGCAAAUGCGCGUCGUGCACCGGGCCUAUGUCGAUGCCGUGGUGUGUAAUGUUGGUGGUGGCGGGUUGUUGAAUGGCAUCAUGGAGGGCGUUUGGGGUCCCACUCGAAACCCCGGAACAGGAGAAGGGGGGCUGGGAAAAGAAGUGGGAGGUGGAAAGGAGCCGAGGGUUCUUGCGAUCGAAACAGUCGGCGCCGAUAGUUUCAACCAGUCAGUCAAGGCGGGCGAGCUGGUCAAGAUGAAGCAGAUCACGAGCAUUGCGUCGAGCUUGGGCGCGGUGCAAGUCUCGAAGAAGACGUGGGAGUGGAGCCAGAUGGUUGGCGGAGAGAACUUGGUCAGCGCGACGGUGACGGAUGCGGAGGCGGCCAUGGCGAGUGUCAGAUUUGCGGAUGAGCAUCGGAUGUUGGUGGAGGUAAGCUGUGGCGCGACGUUGGCAACGGCGUAUAAUGGGGAUUUGAGGAGGUAUCUUGGGAAGGGGUUGAGUGACGAGGAGUGGCGGAAUGUUAACGUUGUUAUGGUGGUUUGUGGUGGAAGUCAUGUUAGUGUGGACGUGUUGAAGGCGUAUAGGGAGAAGUAUGGGCCGGAGAUUGCCUGGGCUUGAUGGUGAGGGUAACCAAACGGUUUAUGGAUGAAUGGAUGGAUGGAUGGAUGGAAGAAAAGCAAAAAGCACGAUAUGGGGCGUUAAUGGGUCUCUCUUUGGUUGU